UAAAUUGCUUCAACUUGAACUGCCGUCUUGGUAUCAACAACAACAGCGCGUGCAGUUAACUAGGGCGCAAUGCGAGCUGUGUCGCUGCGGAGAGGGCUGACGCUCCUAUGCGCGUUGGUUUUAGGAAUCCAGUUCGGUCAUAGCAUAGACGCGGACAAGGCUGCGGAGCUGUCUCGUGAUAUCCGAGAGCAUUUUCGCGCAAGUGGCGCAAACUGGGUCUCGCCGAAGAUGCUGAAGGGGCUGAACCUGGAACGUAACAAAAAGCCGCUGGUUUACGUGCUGAGCUCACGCUCGUGCGCGGAUUGUCGCGAGUUUAUGAACAGCUGGACACGGAUAGCCCGCGUCACGCUGUCAUCACUGACCGCCCAGUACCUGGCAGUGCUAGCGCUGGACGACUACGUCCUGGACCUAGGGCCGGAGUUGUCGCCGCCUAAUGGCGACUACCUGCCGCGUGUGUUCUUCGCGGACCCGGACGGCACGCUGCGGCUGGAGGUGAGGAACCCCGGCAGCGACAAGUCCGCGCCCUACUACUACUCCUCAGCGGAGGAGGUGGUGGAGGCGAUGCGGCGCUUUCUGCAGCAGCACCAGGAGGACGUGGGCACGGCCGCCUACCCGGCAGACCUGCAGCAGGACAUCCCCUAAGACAGGCAUGCGGGGCAGUCAGGGUGAAUCCACGUGAUGACUGCGGUUUUGGUGGGCGGUGUUGGCGGGAGCAUGGGCGGGUGCGGCCGUGAUGUGGAUAGUGGCGGUGCGGUUGGGGUGGAGCGGCGUGGGCGGCGGCGCUGAACAGGUUAGCCAUGACGCAAACGCAGGUGUACCUGCAAUGCAUGUGCUAGGGUUCGUGCUGCUGGCUUGACUCAAAGAUCAAGGUGGCGAAGCCUGAUUACGUCGGUAUCGUGUAAGCAGGAUGAGUGCUCAAGAGUCAAUGCUCGGGGAUUAGACGCAGCCUCAUCCUGGCCUCAUGACCCAUUUUGACGGGUCAGCCGUAGGUAUUUCGGGGGAGCCCUUUUCAAGCGCAUGGAUCGCAUGCUGUAACCUGCGAAUGAUGCGCAACCGUGCGUGUCAGCACAGCGAUUGAGUCGCGAACUGCCAGGGUUUCGUGCCGUGUAAUGCAUCUGGCGU